CUAACCCUCUUCUGUCUUGCGUAGCCAAAUUAAAAUGAAAAGUAUAAUAUCUGUAGCAGUUCUCAUAUGCCUCUUUGAAGUUUCAUUUCUUCCAUUAACUCAGUGCAGGGUUUACCUACCAACGGAUGCCAAUCUCAUUGGCCAGACAUGCCUUCAAACCCCGAAACCCGAUCUUUGUGUCUCUUCUCUUGAAUCGGUCCCUGAGAGCUCCGAUACAGACAUCAAAGGCUUAGCUCUCAUAAUGUCCGACAAAGUACUCAAGGGCAAAGCACAGGAUGCUCUGAAAGAAAUCAACGAGCUGAUUAAGCAGACACCUAUAUCGAGUAACAAAGCCUUACUUGCAUGCGCAGACUACUAUGGCACGAUCAUAGAAUUUCAUAUCGAAAAACAAGCGCAUGAUGGAAUUACUGGGAAUCAGCCUAGGAAAGCUGCACAGCAAGCCAUGGAUGAUACCGUCUAUUUGGUCAAUGAAUGUAACAAUGGUUUGGGUUCUUCACCUAGCUCUCCUCUAACAGUUAUGGGCGCAAGCGUGGCUGAUAUUGCGACCAUUACUAAAGCAAUAGUGCAGAUAUUGUCGUGAUAUAUAUUUACUCCCAUUAUCUCCAAUUGUUGUUUUAUUUCCAGCUCUAUAUAUAUAGGAUCGAGAGAUGACGCCCUUAAACUUUUAAAGUGAGGAUAUUUUUAUUUUUAAGAUGUAUUUUAAUAAUCACAACCACUCAUUCUUUAGUUACCUAUACACAUGAAUUGAAAUAUUAGCCAAAUUGGA